UGGCUUGAAACACGUUUAUAUUCAAGUACCGGUUGUUCCUGGCUUAAAUUUCUUUAUUUUUUGUAAAAGUUACCAGUAGAAACGUUUAUCAUCAAAGUGUUGAAAUAAAUGUACUCUUCUGGUAGUCUAUUCAAUACAUUUAUGGUAGAUGUCUGCAAAUUCUGAGGAAUUGACCUCUUCUCCUCCUGCAAAGAAAGCCAGAAGAGACAACGAAAGUAGUGAAGAAAACUCAAUAAAAUUGAAUAAUAACAAUUUUAACAACCAUACGGACAGUGACAUGGAUACGUCAAAGAACCACUCACAAAUUGACGAAAGUCUGUAUUCAAGACAGCUCUAUGUAUUGGGUCACGAAGCUAUGCAAAAGAUGGCUCGAUCUAAUGUUUUUAUCUCAGGCAUGAGAGGGCUUGGGGUUGAAAUAGCUAAAAAUAUUGUCCUUGGUGGAGUCAAAUCUGUAACACUCCAUGAUACUGGUAAUGUUAAUAUAGAAGACCUUUCAUCUCAGUAUUUUUUCCGUGCUGAUGAUGUUGGUAAAAACCGUGCACUUGUCACCCAACCUCAUGUGUCUGAACUGAAUAGUUAUGUUCCUGUAUCAACAUGUACCAAGCAAAUUACAAAGGAGUUACUCUUAAACUUCCAGGUUGUUGUUCUGACAACGUCAGCUGCUGAUGAACAAACAUGGAUUGGGGAAUUUUGUCACAAUGAGGGCAUCAAAUUUUUAAUUGCAGACACAAGAGGUCUCUUUGGUCAAAUCUUUUGUGAUUUUGGCGAAAACUUCAUUGUCACAGAUACAAAUGGAGAGCAAGCAAUUACAAUAAUGGUUUCUGCUAUAACAAAGGGUGAAGAAAGCAUUGUAACCUGCUUGGAUGAACAAAGACAUGGAUUUGAGAGUGGAGAUUAUGUUACAUUCAAAGAAGUGCAGGGCAUGACAGAGUUAAACGAUUGUGAACCAAGAAAAGUUAAAGUUUUGGGUCCUUAUACAUUUAGUAUUGGAGACACAACAGGUCUCUCAGAUUAUACUGCUGGUGGUUAUGCUGUACAAUGCAAAAUGCCAAAGACAGUGAACUUCAAAUCAAUAAAGAAAGCACUUCACGAUCCAGAAUUUCUUAUCACGGACUUUGCCAAAUUUGAACGUCCAGCACAACUACAUCUUGGUUUUCAGGCUUUACAUGAAUUUAUGAAAAGAAACUCAUCACUUCCACGUUCCAGAAAUCAGGAGGAUGGCAAUAAACUAGUUGAGAUCGCAAAAGAAAUUAACGGGAUUGCCUGUAGCAAGGUUGACGAGAUCGACGAGAAGUUAUUGCGAGAAUUAUCUUACCAAGCCAGAGGAGAUUUAUGUCCCAUGCAAGGCGUUAUUGGAGGUAUUGCUGCCCAGGAAGUCAUGAAGGCUUGCAGUGGGAAGUUCCAUCCCAUUUUACAAUGGUUUUAUUUCGAUGCAUUGGAAUGUCUUCCGGAAGAACAGGAAAUUGCAGAAGAAUCGUGCAAAGCAGUUGGUUCUAGAUACGAUAAUCAAGUUUGUGUCUUUGGCAAAGAGUUUCAAGAAAAAAUAAGCACACAGAAAUAUUUUGUUGUUGGUUCUGGAGCAAUUGGUUGUGAGCUGUUAAAGAACUUCUCUAUGAUUGGUCUUGCAUCAGAUCCUCGAGGCAAGAUAUACGUCACAGAUAUGGAUAGUAUUGAAAGAUCAAACCUUAAUCGUCAGUUUCUAUUUCGACCUGCUGAUGUUCAAAAACUCAAGUCCGAUGUAGCGGCUCGUGCUGUUAAGACCAUGAACCCGGAUGUUCAUAUCGUCUCGCAUCAGAACAGAGUUGGCCCAGAUACUGAAAAAAUAUAUGAUGAUGAUUUUUUUGAGAACCUAGAUGGAGUUGCGAAUGCUUUGGAUAAUAUUGACGCCAGAAUGUACAUGGAUAGAAGGUGUGUUUAUUACAGAAAACCGUUAUUGGAGUCUGGGACAUUGGGAACUAAAGGCAACAUACAGGUGGUUUUUCCAUUCUUAACUGAGUCAUACAGUUCGAGUCAAGAUCCACCAGAGAAAUCCAUACCAAUUUGCACAUUGAAGAAUUUCCCAAAUGCCAUAGAACAUACGCUACAGUGGGCAAGGGAUGCGUUUGAAGGUUUAUUCACCCAAGCAGCAGAGAAUAUUUCGCAGUAUCUAAGUGAUCCUAAAUUCAUAGAACGUUUUGCGAAGCUACCAGGUGUUCAACAGGUUGAAACUUUAGAAAAUAUUCAGAAAAAUCUCGUGGACGAACUGCCAAAGAAUUUCGCUGAUUGUGUGAAGUGGGCAAGAUUUCUAUUUCAAGAAAAUUAUCAUAAUCAAAUUGCACAACUUCUUCAUAACUUCCCCCCAGAUCAGACAACCAGCUCUGGUCAACCAUUUUGGUCAGGUCCAAAACGAUGUCCACAUCCUUUAAUAUUUGAUCCUUGCAACGAAACGCACAUGAAUUUCAUAACAUCUGCUGCCAAUCUGCGCGCUUUUGUAUAUAAUCUCAAAGGUUCGGUGGACAGAAAGUUUAUUCUGGAGAUUUUGGAACAGAUCACUGUUCCAACAUUUAAACCUAAAACAGGAGUUAAAAUACACGUGAGCGACCAGGAGGCCGAGGCUGCGACACAAGCGUCAGUAGAACAAACUGAAGUCGAUAAAUUAAUGUCGAAACUGCCCUCAGCCGAAGUAUUGAGUGGAAUAAAAAUUUCAAAUGUUGAAUUUGAAAAGGAUGAUGAUACCAACUUCCAUAUGGACUUCAUUGUGGCAUGUUCAAACCUCCGAGCUGAAAACUAUGAUAUAGCUCCUGCAGAUAGACACAAGAGCAAAUUAAUCGCAGGUAAAAUAAUUCCAGCAAUAGCGACAACAACUGCUGUUGUGUCUGGACUGGUAUGCUUGGAACUAUACAAGAUUAUUCAAGGAAGUAAGAAAUUGGAGACGUUCAAAAAUGGAUUCAUUAAUUUAGCUUUGCCUUUCUUCGCAUUUUCUGAACCAAUCUCUGCACCUAAAAAUAAAUAUAACGAGACAGAAUUUAGCCUAUGGGAUCGGUUUGAAUUAACGCUGAACGAAAAGGGAGAAGAACUUACCCUUCAAGAAUUCAUGGACUACUUUCAAAAUGAGCAUAAGCUAGAAGUGUCCAUGUUAUCACAAGGCGUGUGUAUGCUCUACUCGUUUUUUAUGUCUCAAUCUAAACUGAAGGAACGUCUACCUCUGACAAUGACAGAACUUGUCGCAAAAGUAUCUAAGAAGAAGAUCAAGCCUCAUGUUAAAGCCUUAGUUUUUGAAUUAUGCUGUAAUGAUGCUGAUGGUGAAGAUGUCGAAGUCCCUUAUGUCCGAUAUAAGUUUCGAUAAACAUGCAACUUGUGAACACGAAUGUGCUCAUGACAUGAAGCUAAAGCUGCAUUGUAUCACAAAUAUCUUAACUAGAACUGCAUGUGCUCUUUAAUUUAAUAUUAGUUGCUUCUUUAUUAAGUUUUAUGUAUUAGCUAAUGAUAUUUCCUAUUCCUUUGAAAUACAAAUAAUUG